AUGUUCUUUUCUAGAGUGGUUGAAGCAUUAACGAAAGUUCUACUUAAUGUAGGUGGGACAUUGAUGGAGAUGAUUAGCAUACCCGUUGCAAUGGAGAGGGCACAGAUAGUCAAUAAGGACAUGAAGGUAGAGAUUCCAUCAGAGUCUGAGAGCAUGUCGAACGGUGGCACGAAGUUUACAUCUGGGCUUCAAAGACAGACAAGCGCUACAAAGAGCAAUUGCUUAUGCUCUCCAACCUCCCAUGCUGGUUCUUUCCGGUGCAGGUUACACCGUGCCCCCAGCCUUCAACGAAACAAAAGCAUUGAGUCUGCCUCUCUGCGAGACUCAGAAACUAAGAUCAAUACGACAGCUGAUGAUACUAGUAAUGCAAAAACAAUUGAGGCCCAGUAA